AUGAAACAGAGAUCCCGUGGAACUUCCCUGGCUUGGGGGUUUAGCUGGAAUUAGUUUUAGGGGCAAUCUGAUCUGAGCAAGGCUGAAGAGGCUGAAAUAGAGACUAUCAAGCAGCACAGGAAGGCACUGCUGGAAGACAUUCAGAGGCUGAAGGAGGAGAUUGCGGUGGUGCUCGCGGAGAUAGAUUGCUUCCAAAUCUUAGAAGAGAGAGAGCAGUGAGUUCAGUAUAACACCAGCCCCUUCAGAGAUUCCAGGCUCCAUGGGGGUGAAUACCCCCGGCUGUAGGAUGGGCACAGGCAGGCCUGGCAAAAAGGAUAAAGAUCUGUGUUUGGGCCGGAAGAAAUUCAACAUGGACCCCAAAAAGGGGAUCCAGUACUUGACUGACCACAAGGUGCUGACCUCAGACUUGCGAGAGAUCGCCAAGUUUCUCUACAAGGGAGAGGGCCUGAACAAGACAGCCAUUGGGGAUUACCUGGGAGAGAGGGAUCCAAGGAACCUGCAGAUCCUUCAGGCCUUUGUGGAAUGCCACUCCUUUGCCAACCUCAACCUGGUGCAGGCACUAAGGCAGUUCCUGUGGAGCUUUCGGCUGCCUGGGGAGGCCCAGAAGAUUGAUCGGAUGAUGGAGGCCUUUGCCAACUGGUACUGCCAGUGUAACCCAGGAGUCUUCCAAUCGACAGAUACAUGCUACGUGCUGUCUUUCUCCGUCAUCAUGCUGAACACCAGCCUGCACAACCCCAACGUAAAGGACAAGCCCCCCUUCGAGAGGUUUGUGGUCAUGAACCGAGGCAUUGACAAUGGAGGGGACCUGCCUGAAGAGCUCCUGCGGAAUCUGUUUGAGAGCAUUAAAAACGAGCCGUUUUCCAUCCCGGAGGAUGAUGGGAAUGACCUCACACACACUUUCUUCAACCCCAGCCGAGAGGGCUGGCUUCUUAAACUGGGGGGUCGAGUGAAGACCUGGAAGCGCCGUUGGUUCAUUCUGACUGAUAAUUGCCUCUACUACUUUGAAUACACUACGGAUAAAGAACCUUUGGGGAUCAUUCCCUUGGAGAAUCUAUCAGUUCGGAAAGUGGACGACCCCAAAAAGCCAAACUGCUUCGAGCUCUUCAAUCCCAGCUGCAAGGGGCAGAAGAUCAAAGCCUGCAAGACAGACGGGGAUGGGAAGGUAGUAGAAGGCAAACACCAGUCCUACAAGAUCUCGGCAGCCACGUCGGAGGAGCGCAACUUGUGGAUUGAGGCAAUAAAGACCAGCAUCACCCGGGAUCCCUUCUAUGACCUGGUCUCAGCCCGUAAGAAAAAGAUUGCCAGCAAAAACUGAGCCGGCUGCUGUCCCGUUCAUGAUCUUUAAUAAGUGGGCCAUAUUGUCCCUGACAGAGUUCAGCCAGGGAAGGAUGCUCAGGGACCAUCGCCUUCCCCUACCUCCUGACUGCCAGGCUGACAAACCCCAUUUGACGCCUGUCUUUCCAAUCUGGGGAUAUGUCUACACUGCAAAGUUAAUUCGAAAUAACAGCCGUUAUUUUGAAUUAACUUCAAUAGCGUCUAUACAUACAAACCGCAAUUUCGAAUUGAAUUCGAAAUUGGUAAAUUCGAAUUUGGUAAACCUCAUUCUACGAGGAGUAACGCCAAAUUUGAAAUAGCUAAUUCGAAAUAAGUGCUGUGUAGACACUUAAUUCGAAUUAGCUGGCCUCCAGCCCUUCCCAGUUUCCCCUGGUGGCCACUCUGGACCACACCAGGAAAAAUUCUCCUCCUCUCCCCAAGCCCCGGAGUCCUUAAAGGGGUAGACACUGGCCAGACGGCACGUGUCAGAGCCAGACCUACCAGCAGUCUCUGCCCCUGACCCAGUGGCCCCAGGAUGAGCCGGGCAGCCAGUGGUAGCCAGCCGCCCCCCGCCCAGUCCCCCAGCACCCAGGAGCCAGUCAGGGGUCGUAGAUGCCAGGCUUCCUCCUGGACCAGUGAGAUCAUGGACCUCAUUGAGGUUUGGGGGCAGGCCCCCAAUGUCCAUGAUCUCCACA